AUGUCAGACGAAGUUAUUUGGCAAGUGAUCAAUCACCAAUUUUGUGCCUUCAAACUAAAGACAGAGAAACAGAAUUUCUGUCGUAAUGAAUACAACGUGAGUGGGUUGUGCUCGAGACAAUCAUGCCCGUUAGCCAAUGCCAGGUAUGCCACAGUUAAAAACGUGGGUGGAAAAUUAUAUCUAUAUAUGAAGACAGCAGAAAGAGCUCACAUGCCAAAUAGGUGGUGGGAAAGAAUCAAACUUUCAAAGAACUAUAACAAAGCCUUAGCACAAAUUGAUCAUCAUUUGCAAUAUUGGCAAAAGUUUUUACAACACAAGUGUAAGCAGAGAUUGACGAGAUUGACACAAGUGGCAAUUACAGAAAGACGAUUGGCAUUGAAUGAAGAGGAGAGACAUUUGGUUGGAGUCAAGCCCAAGUUAAAGAGAAGAGAGGAGAAUAGGGAAAGGAAAGCCUUAGCUGCUGCCAAGAUUGAAAAGGCCAUUGAGAAGGAAUUGUUGGAGAGAUUGAAAAGUGGUGCAUAUGGUGAUAAACCAUUGAAUGUUGAUGAAAAUAUAUGGAAAAAGGUAUUGGGUAAAGUUGAUGAAGUUGAACAAGAGGAAGAAUUCGAUGAUGAUGAUGAGGAGGAAGUUGAACUUGAAAGUGAAGAAGAGGAAGACGAAGAUGAUAUGGGAGAAGUUGAGUAUGUCGAGGAUUCAGGUGAUGAUGACUUGGUUGAUAUGGAAGAUUUAGAAAAGUGGUUAGAUGAUUCCUCAGACAAUGAAAGUGAAAGUGAAAGUGAAGGAGAGAGUGACGACGAUGAAGAAGGAGAGGGAAGUUCCAAGAAGAGAAAGGCCGAUGACACAAAGACUAAGCAAAAAAAGAAGAGAAGACCAAGAGUUGAAAUCGAGUAUGAGGAGGAAGAGCCAAUACAAACUAACAUAGCUGUAUAG